CCCCUACACGAUGGGUAUAUGUAUUUUUGUCAGGCGAGCAGAGGUGAGCGCAUUCCACACCCUCCCUUCCUCCCAUCUCCCCUCUCCCCCUACCGCUCCUUCUCGUUCGCACCUCCCCCUCCUCCUCCCUCCUCCCCUUCCGAUUUUGUCCUCGUCGUUCUCACGACUUUGACUUUGACUUGACCAUUUCUCACUGCCGCCUUCGCUCGUGCAUUGUACCCUUCACUGACCGUUUUUCCAGGAUUGUCUCUGCGCUUCCGAAGGUGUUUUCGUCCCGCCACCAGUCCAUCCUUCGAG